AUGUCUCAAUCACCAAAAGAGAGGAUGCCAGAAGACGACGACACAACAGAAGCGCCUCUCACCAUGGCCGCGUCAGUCGUGUUGACCAACCUGCCGAAAGAUGCUUCGAAAGCGUUAGAAGCUGCCGGGAGCCUCGCUGUACAGAAAGUGACAAUUCGUCUCCAACCCAUAGGCUCAGCCCCGCACCUAACUCAACGCAUUUUCAAGCUUGGCACAAACUCGACGUUUGCAACGAUAGUACGGUUCCUCCGGGGACGACUCCGCGUCAAGGAGCAUGAGAGUGUGUUUUGCUACGUGGGGAGUGUGUUUAGUCCUGGGUUGGACGAGGGCGUAGGGAAUCUUUGGAGUUGCUUUAGGCAGGGUGAGGAGCUGGUUGUGGGGUAUGCUAUUAGUCCGGCUUUUGGGUAA